UACAGGCCGGAGAUCCGCAAAAUGACUCUGGUGUAAGCGAAGGGCGGCAAAAAUGGGGAACAACCUGGACCCCGGGGAUUUGGGGUGGACACAACGACUGGACGGCGAUCGCCAAGGAGGUUGACGCGCAGGACCGACGCGUUGAGUGUUUGUAACCCAACCGAAUGGGGAAGUGAUCAACUGAUUGCCAUUGGGAGGAUAUAAGGCACAUGAUCUCAAAUAAGCUUCUGGAUAUCAUUUUAUCAAUCACCGAUCCACUUCCAUGGCGUUACCGUCGACCCCAAACCAAACAGGUCACCUAGAGCCUGAACUAAAGCGGGCUGACUGGAUUUAAAACGCUUAAAUUGUCGUUUUCCAGGCGAUGUCCGCGUCCUGCCUCGACCUGCGCAGCGCGAUUUCAGCACCACCGCAGCGGGACAGCGACCGCAUGGACGCGGAUACACGCGCGCUGCUGCACGCGGAUCCCGGCGGGCUCGGCACGGCUCUGGAGGAAGAGCUCGCUGUACUGACCGGGGAACGGGAAGAGGACGCGGAGGGACCGGCCUCGGAGACACCUGUGAGCGGGCAGGACUCUAAUCUGCUGGCGCUUUUCCGACAGAAGGAGAAAGACUUGGUGCUCGCUGCUAAACUGGGCAAAGCUCUACUUGAAAGAAACCAAGACCUCACUAAGCAAUAUGAAAAAAUGACCAAGGAUUUGAACGACAAACUGGAGCUCCUGGAGCAGGAGAAGCACGAGCUGAGACGUCGUCUGGAGAGCCGUGAGGGGGAGUGGGAGGGUCGCGUGGCGGAGCUGGAGACAGAUGUUCAGCACCUGCAGGGGGAGCUAGAGAGACAGCAGGUGCAGCUGCGCGAGGGCGACCGCGACAAGAGCCGCGCCAUCAGCGAGCUGUCCGAACAAAACCAUCGGCUCCUGGAGCAGCUCAACAGGGCUGCUGAAGUGGAGAAGCAGUUAUCUACUCAGGUUCACACUUUACGGGAUGAUUUCAGAGAAAAAAGCAUCUCUACCAACCAGCACAUGACACGCCUUGAGACCCAGCAGGCCGAGCAAGGCCUUGAAAUAAAGAUGUUGGCGGAACGUAAGCAGGAGCUGGAGCAGCGCGUGAACUCAAUACUGCAGGAGAACGAACGGCUUCAACACACGGCGGACCAGCUGAGAGAGAGAGCGCUGAUGAUGGAGAGACAAUGUCACCAGAAAGACCUACAGCUGCGACAGAGUCAGCUUGAGCUACAAGAGGUGCGCACGUCUCACAGACAGCUGAGCUCUCGUCUGGAGGAACUGACGGAGGAACGCAGUCUUCAAGGCUUCACAUCCAACUCGCGCAGUCUUCUCUGUGAGAUCGAGCAGAGCAUGGAGCAGGAGGAGAUGGAGGAGGAGAGAGAACAGCUACGGCUGCAGCUCUGGGAGGCUUACUGUCAGGUGCGCUCCAUCUGCUCACACCUGAGAGGAAAUGACAUCACAGACUCCGCCUUGUCCACAGACUCAUCCAUGGACGAGUCUUCCGAGACGCUGUCGGCUAAAGACGUCCCCACGGGCAGUUUACACGCCAGUCUGCUGGAGCUGCGCAGACUCACACAAAACCUGCUGGACGGCAACGAAUCAACGGGUUCUCGCCGCAGUGAUGAGGAGGUUCUGGAGGAGCAGGUGCGUAAACUCGGAGAAGAACUUCGAGAACUCAGAGAACUGUAUGAACAAGAGCAGGAGAAAACACGCUGCGGUCAGGAGGAGGUUCUGCAGCUUCAUGAUCAGGUGGCGCUGCUCUCUGUGGAAGUUUCAUCUUCAAGAGAAGAGACUGAGAGAUUGAGACUGAUGGUAGAAGUUAGUGAACCCAACGAAGCGUUACAAAGUGCCAUACGAGACCGAGAUGAAGCCAUUGCCAAGAAGAAAGCGGUUGAAAUGGAGCUUGGCAAGUGUAAGAUGGACAUCAUGUCACUCAACAGUCAGCUGCUGGACGCCAUUGAGCAGAAACUCAACCUGUCUCAGCAGUUAGAAGCCUGGCAGGAUGAUAUGCACCGAGUUAUCAAUCAACAGCUGAUGGAUAAACAUCAGGACGAGUGGAGAGAUUCUCCAUGUUCCUUUAAAGGACCACAAGGAGGAGAACCUUCCAGAAGAUCUCAUCGCCUCUCUGAUGGAGACAAGCGCCUCUUUUCAUUCUUUAAGAAGAACUGACGAGGACAAAGAGAGAGAGAAUGUGAGGAAACAAGAAAUACAAACUUAGUCACUAUAAAUCAGUCUAUUGACGGCUCGAAACCGUUCUGCACUUUAUCCGUCCUCUCAAUCCUCCGACAGAAAGAUUCCAAUCCUCCGAUGAGAGAAGGGCAUUCUGAGGUCCGGCCUGUGUUCUUUCUCUCUGAUAGGGUAACUCAUCUGAUUCAGGGUCAGUUCAACAGGUUUGACAGGGUUCUCCGGCCCUAUCAGAGGUGCGUUUCUCCUGCGAGUGCCUCAGAAAGCAUCACCUCACCUCACUGCCAGAGAUACGACACAAACACACGACUGGAUUCACUGGAGACUAAACUCAGGCCGAACUACACUACAGAGGGUUUAAAAGAGAGAUGUACACCAGAUCACCAGAUCCAGACUAAAUCCUCAGUGAAUGUAAACAUGGUAAAACAGUAUGAGUUUUAAACUCAGCACAAAGUAUUAAUAUAUGAAUAGAAGAAUGGGAAUGUGUCGGUUCGACGGAAACAUCCUCAGUAUUUUUUCUGGAUCUGUGGGCGCAGAGAAACAUUUGAUCUUUGGUUUUUUCACAUCUCUAGUGCUGUGCAUCAGGGCUUGUCUGAAAUAAACCUACACACCUAAUAAAUUAAUUAAAAACUAUUUCGAAGAUGUUGAAGUUUAUAAACGGUCACUAGAAAGGCACGUCAAAUUUAAGGUUUCACAGAACGAGGCUUAAUGGUCUAUGCACAUGAAAAUUUCGUACGUGUUUUUUGUUGUAUUUAGCGCUGGUUUGUACGGCGUCUCUGGAUUGUCAAAUGCCUCUCAAAAUGCUUACUACGGAUGGAAAGCAGGAAAUUAUCGGAGGCAGUGUGUAAAUGUGAUUGACACUACGUGAGGUCGUAUUUAUUUUUUGACGUGCUGACAUUUCCGAGGCAAAUUUCGGACUCAACGUGCAAUAGCUUUAAGACAAGUCCCAAACUCAAAUGAAAGUAACUGAAAAUAAAUUGCCCUGAUAUAUCUUAAAAUAUGUCAUUGCCAUAGUUUUGUCUCAAGAUGCACACCAUUAAAACGUUAGUAAAAGGUAUUUUAAUGAAAGCGACUUAAAUAUCCAAAUUUUACUAAGGCGUAGUCUUGUCUGUGAAACCGGCGAAAGAAUAAACGUCAGACGAAUGAGUUUUAGUCUUCGUUUUUCAAAAUAAAACCAAAGAAAUAAAGGGUUCAAAUCCAUGACGAGUACGGAGCUGUGAAAUGGACACAUCUUAUAGAGACAUUUAGGGGAUUUUUGACUCUUUUUCUCAGGAGAAAUAUCUGAGAUGACACUUUUGUUUCCAAAAUCUCCGUCCUGAUCACGGUCUGUGAUGUGAAUAAACCAAAGAGCAGAUGUGCUUCAUUUUGUGUCUUGAGACACGACACAGCAUCAGAGAUGAAUGUCCACACACACAAACACACAAACUCAAAGAUGCAUACUGCUAGUAUGCGAUUCCACUUUAGUGUGCGUUUGUGUGUGUGUGUCAGUUAAGGUCGGUCAGAUUUUGAGCAAAGCUAUGCAGCUGUCUUCUUUCUCAUUGUGUGAUUUUUGGUUCGGAGAAACCCAAAGAUUGAUUUUUAUACGCAUAGAGACACAAAUAGGUUUGGAAUAAAAAGGAAUCGAUAUAUUUGUAAAUGUAUAACUUUUUUAGAAAAAUCUUCAUGUAAGCAUCUGUUUGUUGGUGUAGUCUGAUCUGUAUGUUUCUGAUGUUUGAGUGGUGUUCUGUUCUGCUGUCUGAUUGUUAAAGCUGCAGAUUAUACUCCAGAAAUUAUGCUAUAAAUAUAAUCACUAUAAUGAUGAAUAUAAAGAGAUUAUUGAGACGGCCUGCAGUGGGAGACACUACAGGAAAAACAAACCUUGGUCAUAUAAUAGAACAUCAAACACUUUUUUUCAUUGUUCAAAAACCCUUCCAUACCAGUAAUAUUAUAAAAGCUAUAUGAAAUGACAUUUACUCUAACAGCACUUUAAAUAAACUAAAUGGCCAUUAAAAGACACUCGGCGAAUGCAUUAUGUACGCUGCAAAAAAUAUUGAAAAUACAACUUUAUUUUGUACGUUGUUCUAAAAUCAGUCAAAAUUAUAAUUUAGUUCUGUAGUACCUACCCCUUACAUAGCAUCUGACCAAUCAGAGUCAAUCUCAUCUGAUGAUGUAAUAAUCAGACAGCAGUCUCAAUCUCUCGAUCUCUUCACGGUCCGAGUACUAACUGUCUUUUCUGUUCUGUAUGUAAAACACAUUUUCUCUGUCAUCUCUAAAGAUUCUUUUCUUCUACACGUGUGAUGUUACUUUGACUUUGUACUUUCUGUCCUGUUGUCAUUUAAAAGCUGUUUUUGCAAGAUUCUCCUGUCUGUGUGUCUGUGACUCUAAACUGAAUGUCUGAAUCAUGUUUCAUACAUUAAUCACACUGAGGCUGCGUUCCAAUUCACAUAACUGGUGAAGCACACACUUAUAAGGAUGCAGUGAGAACAGCAUUAGAACGAUAUAUCAUUAAAGUCCCAGUGAAAUUAAAAAUGAUAAUUCGUAUUUUUUCAUGAAAUAUUGUAGCGUUUAUGGUAAAUAGCUUAUCAAUGGGGGUCAUUUUCUUUCUCAAAUUCAUGUGGGCUCAUCAUCUUCAGUUAAAAUCUGAAAAUGCUCUUCCACCCUGUAUGACUAUCCAUCUCAAAUGACGUAAAUUCGACGGCAUGGGCGGAGCAUCCGCUAACUCCUCCCCUUCUACAGUCAGUCUGCUGCUAGUUCAAAAUGCAACAGCUGUUUUUAUAUAUCCAAUCAAUUCGCAGCAAAAAUAACCAAGCCACGCCCAUUCAAUUAUCCUUUGAAAUUCCUUUUUACUCGGAAAUAAGUCAGAAUACGAUAAUAAAUACUAUAAGUGCCGAUUGUUUUUUCUUUCGUAUCGUGACGUAUAUCCAAGAGAAACAACUUCUGGAAUGAGAAAAAAAUGUAAGGCGGGACUUAAUUCCGUUCUUAAGAGUACUGAUUGGAUCGUUAAAAGUUGGGUGUUGCCAACAAAACGGAGUCAGAUUU